ACUUUUCACCCAUUUUCAGUCGUGAAAAGAAACUAUGUCAACUACUACCGACUUUAGCAGCAGUGAUUAUGAACCUACGAGUACUGAGGCGGACACCAGUGCAGAGCAGGACUUUAAAAAUCAGAAGCGACUGUUCUGGAGUGAUGGUAAUGUGACUGAUAAAGAUAGUGACGAGUUGGAAAUUCCUGGGUUCAAUACAGUUGAGUCGGGUUAUUUAGCAGAUGACGAAAGCGACACUGAUGAAACAUUUUCUGAAAAGAUUGAAAUAAAGAUCAAGAAGCGUUCGAGUGAAAUGUCAAAGUCAAGCAGUCUUUUUCUAAGCGAUUCCGACGGGUUUGAAGAAAGAUCCGUUUUGUAAAUUUAUGUAAAUACAUAUUUUGUGAUAUAUUCGUGUUCUUUGAAUAAAUGUGUAUAUUUCCGGUAA